AUGAAUUACGAAUUUGAGCGAGAGAUUGGUUUUAUCAAUAGCCAGCCGUCGCUCGCUGAGUGCCUGACAUCUUUUCCCCCUGUCGCUGAUACAUUUCAAAGUUCAUCAAUCAAGACCUCGACGCUUUCACACUCGACACUGAUUCCUCCUCCUUUUGAGCACACCAUUCCCAGCCUGAACCCGGGCAGUCACCCUCGCCACGGCGCCGGCGGCCGCGCCAAGCCGAGCCCCGCGGGCAGCCGCGGCAGCCCGGUUCCCAGCGGCGCCCUGCAGCCGCCCGAGUACCCCUGGAUGAAGGAGAAGAAGGCGGCUAAGAAAACCGCCCUGCCGCCCGCCGCCGCCGCCGCCGCAGCAGCAGCAGCCACCGCCACCACCGGCCCUGCCUGCCUCGGCCACAAAGAGUCCCUGGACAUCGCCGACGGCAGCGGCGGAGGCUCCAGGCGCCUGAGGACUGCCUACACCAACACGCAGCUGCUGGAGCUGGAGAAAGAAUUCCACUUCAACAAGUACCUCUGCAGGCCGCGCAGGGUGGAGAUCGCCGCGCUACUGGAUCUGACGGAGAGACAAGUCAAAGUGUGGUUCCAGAACCGCAGGAUGAAACACAAACGGCAGACUCAGUGCAAGGAGAACCAGAACGGCGACGGGAAGUUUAAGAGCCUCGAGGACUCGGAGAAGGCGGAGGAGGACGAGGAGGAAAAGUCUCUCUUUGAGCAAGCCCUGGGCGUCUCGGGGGCGCUCCUGGAGAGGGAUGGCUACACUUGUCAGCAGAACGGCCUCUCCCAGCAGCAGGCGCCUAACGGACACAAUGGCGACUCCCAAAGUUUCCCAGUCUCGCCUUUAACCAGCAAUGAGAAAAAUCUGAAACAUUUUCAGCACCAGUCACCCACUGUUCCCAACUGCUUGUCAACAAUGGGCCAGAACUGUGGCGCGGGCCUCAACAAUGACAGCCCCGAGGCCCUGGACGCGCCCUCUUUGCAGGACUUCGCAGUCUUCGCUGCAGACUCCUGCUUGCAGCUCUCCGAGGCCGUCUCUCCCAGCCUGCCAGGCUCCCUCGACAGCCCCAUGGAUCUCUCCGCUGACAGCUUUGACUUUUUCACCGACACACUGACCACCAUCGACCUACAGCAUCUGAAUUACUAAAACACAGUGGAGCCGAACAAAGCGCCAC